CCACGCCCGCGGCGGCGGUGGCGGCGGCGGCGGAGGCGGUGGCGGCUGGAGCCCGGAUGCGGCGCCGUGAGACGGACCCGGGGCGAGCAGCGCGGAUGGAUCCAACAUGGCGGCGCCGAACCUGAGCCGAGAGAAGAGACCUGGGAAAUUAAAUUUCUUGCAAAGGACACUGGAGAGUGCAGCUGCUGAGCAGAGAUUCUGGAAAGCACUCUGUCCCUGAGCCUCUAGCAUGGCGGGCCUGAAGCGGCGGGCAAGCCAGGUGUGGCCCGAAGAGCAUGGUGAGCAGGAACAUGGGCUCUACAGCCUCCACCGUAUGUUUGACAUCGUGGGCACCCACCUAACGCACAGAGAUGUUCGUGUGCUUUCUUUCCUCUUCGUUGAUGUUAUUGAUGACCAUGAGCGGGGACUCAUCCGAAAUGGACGUGACUUCUUACUGGCACUGGAGCGCCAAGGCCGCUGUGACGAGACUAACUUUCGCCAGGUGCUGCAGCUGCUGCGCAUCAUCACUCGCCAUGACUUGCUGCCCUACGUUACUCUCAAGAAGAGACGGGCUGUGUGCCCUGAUCUUGUAGACAAGUAUCUGGAGGAAACAUCAAUUCGCUAUGUGACCCCCAGAGCCCUCAGUGAUCCAGAACCGAGGCCUCCCCAGCCCUCCAAAACAGUGCCUCCCCACUAUCCUGUGGUGUGCUGCCCCACUUCAGGUUCUCAGAUGUGUAGUAAGCGGCCAGCCCGAGGGAGAGCCACACUUGGGAGCCAGCGAAAACGCCGGAAGUCAGUGACCCCAGACCCCAAGGAAAAGCAGACAUGUGACAUCAGGCUUCGAGUCCGGGCGGAAUACUGCCAGCAUGAGACUGCUCUGCAAGGCAAUGUCUUCUCCAAUAAGCAGGACCCACUUGAGCGCCAGUUUGAGCGCUUUAACCAGGCCAACACUAUCCUCAAGUCCCGGGACCUGGGCUCCAUCAUCUGUGACAUCAAGUUCUCUGAGCUCACCUACCUCGACGCAUUCUGGCGCGACUACAUCAAUGGCUCAUUAUUAGAGGCACUGAAAGGUGUCUUCAUCACAGACUCUCUCAAGCAAGCUGUGGGCCAUGAAGCCAUCAAGCUGCUGGUGAAUGUGGAUGAGGAGGACUAUGAGCUGGGCCGACAGAAACUCCUGAGGAACUUGAUGCUGCAAGCAUUGCCCUGACCUUCCCCCGUCUCACCUCUCUGGGGAUUGUUGGCUCCAUCACCUCUGGAGCUUACACACUGUUCUGGGUUCGUUCUCUGCCCUUCAACCAAUCACACCACCUUUUCUUUUUUUCUUUCUUUCUUUUUUUUUUUUUUUUUUUAAGGAAAAGACAAAGGAAAGUGGAAAUGGUGUUCCCUCCCCCUCCCUGCACCCAUGUGCCUGGGCUUCCCCUCUGUUUCCUGUUGCCACUUCCCCCUAAUGUGUGUCUCUACAGCCACCUUACCACUGAGCCGUAAGCAAGUGUAUAGGGACGGAGUCUAUGGAACAUAGCCUUUGUAAGGGACUGAACGUUGCUUUCAGGUGCAUCGAGGGGUAAUCAAUACUUAUGGCUUUAUGAGGGCUCUAAAAUUUUGUCUGAAAAACCAAAGGGCUGUGAGUAAAGGAGCUGUGUGGAA